GACAGUGCCUCACAGGUGUCCUGGAGUGUGGUCGUGGAUGAACAGCGCAAUGUGGAGCCUGUUCAGGAAGUGCCAAUGCAGUUCCCUGAGCCUAAGGCACCACCGCCCGGGUUCAGACACCAAGGUGAGCCGGCUCCUGGCUAUGCAGCCCAAGGACAGGAUCAACCCAAGAGUCGUGUGUCAAGCUCAAGCGGAAGUGCACCCUUCCCACCUGCUGAUGCGGCUCUCUUUUUCACUGACCCUGCUCAAGCCCCUGCUCAAAGUGCUGCUGCUCCAGCUACUCAGGCAGCACGUGAUUUGCUUGGAAGCGCUCAGAAGCAGGCAGCUCGCCUGGCAAAGCAGAAAGCUCAGGCAAAGAGGCGUGGUCAUCGUGCAGUUAGGUGGGGACAGAUGCCUGGCCUUGAUGCUCAGAAUUUCCAGCUCCCAACGUUCAUCAGGCAGUUGGGUGCUGGCCAAGAUGAACGAUCAGUGCUUGUGAUUGAUAGCCGCGAUCGGCGCAUUCAGUCCCCCUACCAGGGAUGGCUGCUGGACGAGAUCUUGCUGAACGCCCAGUCUGGAGUGAACGUCCUGGUCGAUCGACAACUUGUCAGAUCGCCAAACAAGGGCUACCACCUCAACUUGUUCUAUGUGAGGACGAUGGACGGGUUCAAGUUCAUCUUGGUAGGAUCAAUGACGUCUUACGGGACGGUGCCAGCAGCUCGCUGGGAUGCAGACACGGGGAAGAUCAUGGCCCACCCGGCCUUUCAACCUUUUCGUUGGCCGAUGAUGACUGACGAAUCUGCAACCUGGGUCGAUGUGAAAGUCAAGGUGGGAGGGCGUCUGUACGCCUGCAGUGAUAGUGGGACGGUCGUGGCCCUGGACUUUCCUUUGUGCCACUUUGAAGUCCGGCUCACUGCGCUCUCUUCCACGGACUCGAUCGGGAUGGAUGCAGACCGCUUAGAGUUCCGAUUCAGGUCAUCCGGUGAUCAGCUGGACGUUGCAUGUUCUCAGGUGGUGGUUCCAUCAACUUGGCUGGUUGUGUCGCGUGUGUCUGGGCCCACCUUGAUCAAGAAUGCUCGUUGGUGUCGUGAGCAUCAUGCAAGGGUGGAAGGCCCUGAUCAGACCAUGCAAUUGUCACAGCUAGCCGGGAUCCAUGCACACUGGACUGCAUCGAUCGAAGCAGAGUCCGUUGAUGACACGGGUCCGAGGGUGAGUGCGGUCGCGGUGGAUUCUCGCCCGGCCAACUAUCACCUCACCUGUGAGUCUCCCUUGUUCAGGGCAGCGAAGUCGUUGGUGCCAACCGAUGCACUGGCUCUGCAGGCGCACAAUGUGGCUCUGGAACAGGAGACGAUCGUGCUCCCGCCAGUGACGGGUGGGCCAUCAGUGGUGCCAAGAUCAUCAGUUGCGGCCCCUCUGCAAGCAUUGGCUGGACCGUCGGCUCCUGCACUGGUUGUGGCGCCCAAUGUUCAAGCCGAAGUCUCCAUGACUGAGCCGGGUCAAGCCCCAGCCUCGGGAGCCAUGGGAGGCUCGGUACAUGUGCAAAGGCGAUCGCUUGAAGCUCGCCAACAAGAGAGGAUCUCAGUGGCAGCCGUGACGCCACAAACUUUUCUUGAUCAGGUGUAUCAGGCGGUCCCGGGACGCCCAGUCAGUUUUGGACCGGCUCCGACCGUUGAAGAAGUGACGGCGAGGGCCCCAGUUUGCUCGGCUGUGGGAUCUCAGACCGGACGUGAUGUUAGAGCGCUGUUGGCUUCACCUUAUGCCAACUUGGCGCUGGUGUCAGCGAUGGAGGUGCGAUCGGGCCCGGAGUUCACCGUGAAGGUGCACGACUGGUCAGCAUCCCUAGAGGAGACCGUUCGUGAUGUUUUGCUCAGCAACAGUUUUAUGCUGGAACAGUUUUGGAGUCUAGCUACUUCGAUCGAGAAGGCAUUUUUCGAAUCCUCUGCAAAUCAGCUGGGUUUCGGGCAGUGCGAUCCGACUACUUUGGCGUUGAGUGCCGAGACCGCUAGUGCUCGUAGGGCUAAUGCCAUCAAAGCUCUGUUGCACAAGCCGGCUCAACCGCCCAGGAAACUGCUCAAGAAGUCUGAUUCGGAUCCGACGUCCACACCGCUGUUGGACCAGGAGAAUGCCGCUCGGUGGAAGUGGGCUUCUAAACUGGAGGCCACAGGGAAACGGGCGGGUCAACACUCCAAGCUCUUGCUGGAUACCACCAACAGCGAAGGGCUCUCGCCGGGUGAGACCGCUCGGCUACGCCAAUUAGUGUUGGCAUCGGGGGCUCCACGGACUAUGUCGGCCCACAUCUCCGCAUGGGAGCGGUUCGAGGAGUGGGCCAAUAGUGUUGGGAUCCCCGUUUUUCCUUGGCCUUCUGAUUUGAUUCUGAAGUAUGCUCUAGCUCUUGACGAGAAAGAAUGUGGUCCCACAGUUUUGCCUUCUUUUAGGAUGUCAAUUAAGUGGGUAACAUCUAAACUGGCGAUCGACUGCCCUGAUUUGUCCCAUCCCGCUCUCUUGGCGGUUCAGUCGGACGUCAUUCAGAAAAGGGCCACCACAUUGAAAGAAGCCCAGCCCAUCCCGAUCGUGGCGGUCGGAAGUCUGGAGCAGUUCGUCACAGACGUGCAGCAGCCAGAGGCAGCUAGGCUCUUUGCAUGGUGGUGGCUCUGCAUGGUCUUCGCAUCGCUGAGGUUCGACGAUGCCAUGCAUGUCAGGCCAACUGAGUUGAUCAUGAAAGACGAAGGGCUCUUUGGCGUCGCUUGGCAGACGAAAGUCGAGCGCAAACGCCGUGGCACGAAGUUCGUAGUGCCGAGAGUUGGCUUUCGUGAUUCAGCCUGGCUUGACGUUGGCUGGGACCUUUUGCAGCUCGAAGAUUUGGAUCGUGACUUCUGGAUGAGAGACUUGAACACCCAGACGGAGUUCAGGUCUGCACCAGCUCAAUAUCAACGUUCCAUUCAGUGGCUGCGUUUCAUUGGCAAGCUCGCCAUCAAGACCUACUUUAGUGGGCCUGAGGGUAAGCUCAAUGAGGCCGUGGACGGGUUGCUCAAGGUCACAGCCCACUCAGCUCGGGUCACCAUGUUGGACGCUGCAGUACAUGCUCGUCGAUCGACGGAGGAGAUCGGACUGCAAGCGAACUGGAAAAAUCCGGGUCCUCUAGUGUUGAAAUACACCAGGAACCGGACCAGCGUACCAGCUCAGAUGGUUCAACAGCUGGUCAAAGACAUGGUUGACAAUGAGCACCCGUUCGAGGCUGAAGAGGAUGUCGUGCUCGACUCCGUAGAUGAGACGGCUCUCAAUGAGGUGCAGUUCUACGUCAAGACGGAAGGCGCUCGUGCCUCCCAUGACUAUCGAUAUCACUGCUCGAAAGAGGAGGACGAUGAGAUGGUCGCAUGUGGCAAGCUCGCCGUCCGUGACUGCACUGCCGUUGGGGCCGCCCUGCCAGAUCCUUCCGUGCUCUGCAAGCAGUGUGCCAAAGCUCGACCAGAUGUGGCUUCACGAUGCUUCUCUGCUCAGAGCGGAAGUGUUCGGGCAUGA